GCCCGCGGGGGGAAGGGGUGAAGCACGUGACCCGCCUCCUCCUCGCGCAGGUCCCUCUCGCUUCCCCCACCCAGGCCCGGACCGGGCCCUCGUAGGUGUCAGUGACCGUGGGAAGUGGAACGAGGCCCCGCCAGCUCCGCCACUGACACCGUCCCCCCACCGCCCAGCAGGGAGCAGCUGAGAGGUCAGGUCACCUCCAGCCAUGGCUUGUGAGACCGGGCCAAAGGCGGCCGACAGCACCUUCUCAUCCGACAGACAUGCCCAGAUCAUCCUGGCCCAGAUUAACGAGAUGCGGAGCGGGCAGGAUUUCUGCGAUGUGCAGCUGCUGGUGGGAGAGGCCGAGUUCCGUGUGCACCGGCUGGUGCUGGCUGCCAGCAGCCCCUACUUUGCUGCCCUCUUCACUGGAGGAAUGAAGGAAUCCUGCAAGGAUGAGGUGCGGAUCCUGGGCAUCGAAUCAGGAAUUUUCCAGACUCUUCUGGAUUUCAUCUACACAGGUGUGGUAAACAUCGGUGUGAACAAUGUUCAGGAGCUGAUUGUGGCUGCCGACAUGCUUCAGCUGACUGAGGUGGUGGACCUGUGCUGUGAGUUUCUGAAAGGACAGGUGGAGCCAUCCAACUGCAUCGGCAUCUUCCAGUUCUCAGAGCAGAUCGCCUGCCAUGAUCUCCUGGAGUUCACAGAGAACUACAUCCACGUGCAUUUCUUGGAGGUGAGCAGCGGGGAAGAGUUUUUGGCGCUGACCAAGGAUCAGCUGAUUAAGAUUUUGCGAAGCGAGGAGCUGAGCAUUGAAGAUGAGUACCAGGUGUUCUUGGCCGCCAUGCAGUGGGUUCUGAAGGACCUGGGCAGGAGGAAGAAGCAUGUGGUUGAAAUCCUGGAGCCCGUCCGAUUCCCUCUGCUACCUCCACAGAGGCUAGUCAAGUACAUAGAAGGAGUCCCUGACUUCAGCCUCCGAGUGGCCCUGCAGACACUGUUGAAGGAGUACUGUGAGAUGGGCAAGCCUCCCAAGGAGAACAGGUUCUGCAGUUUUCUGCAGACCUCCAAGGUGCGGCCUCGCAAGAAGGCACGGAAGUGCCUGUAUGCCGUGGGCGGAUACACCCGGCUGCAGGGGGGCCGAUGGAGUGACAGCAGAGCUCUCAGCUGCGUGGAGCGCUUCGACACCUUCAGCCAGUACUGGACCACAGUGUCUUCACUCCACCAGGCCCGCAGCGGCCUGGGAGUGGCGGUAGUGGGAGGGAUGAUCUACGCCAUCGGAGGGGAAAAGGAUUCGAUGAUCUUUGACUGCACUGAGCGCUAUGACCCAGUCACAAAGCAGUGGACAACUGUGGCUUCCAUGAACCAGCCCCGCUGUGGCCUGGGGGUGUGCGUGUGUUAUGGGGCUAUCUACGCUCUUGGUGGAUGGGUGGGAGCCGAGAUAGGAAACUCCAUCGAACGAUUUGAUCCUGAGGAAAACAGCUGGGAAGUUGUUGGCAGCAUGGCCGUGCCGCGCUACUACUUUGGCUGCUGUGAGGUCCAAGGUUUAAUCUAUGUGGUUGGCGGCAUCAGCAAUGAGGGCGUGGAGCUCAGUACCGUUGAAGCAUACAACCCAGUUUCCAAGUGCUGGUCCAUGCUCCCUCCCAUGGGGACCAGGAGGGCCUAUCUGGGGGUGGCUGCCCUCAAUGACUGCAUCUAUUCGAUUGGAGGGUGGAAUGAGACCCAGGAUACGCUGUCCUCUGUAGAAAAAUACUCCUUUGAAGAGGAGAGGUGGGUUGAAGUCGCACCUAUGAAAGUGCCCCGAGCUGGUGUGUGUGUUGUGGCCAUAAAUGGGCUUCUGUAUGUUUCUGGAGGCCGGUCUUCCAGCCACGAUUUCUUGGCCCCCGUCACCUUGGACUCAGUCGAAGUGUACAACCCUCAUUCUGACACAUGGACUGAAAUUGGUAACAUGAUCACCAGUCGGUGCGAAGGGGGUGUAGCUGUGCUGUGACCAGUGUCAGAAAACCUGGGCUCAUGCGGAAGAGGACGCUGGGGCUUGGGGCAGAACUAGAGGAGAGAGAGGGAGGCCCUGAGGUCAGAAGGAGGAUGUUCCCAAGUGCAGACAGGGCUGAAAAGCCGGCUGGUGCCAUGUUCCUAAGAGCGGUGUGGGACAGGCUUGGCAUCUGUUACAGGCAAAAGCCCACCUUGACAGGGGGCCAUCGGGCUCCCAUUCCCAGAUCCAUCCUGCUCAAGGACCCACAUUGCCCCUUCUGUGCCUAUGGUCCUGUCAGGGGCUCUUCCUGUGCAGUCUAAGUACUCCACAUUAAGUUCUGUUCACCCACAAUGAAAACGAUACCACUGCCUGUGCCACCUGCCCCACAGGGGAAAACCCGGGGAAUAACUGCCCAGCCCUUAGUGCCAGGGUGUCUUUCAUUGGCACCAGACCCUCAGUUGGCAGCAUAUUUACUGGGAGAGCCUGGUGGGAAAUGGACACGAUCCCGUCAGGAGCUCGUGGCAAACCUUGGCUUGCUGGCUCCUGAGUGGGCAAAUUGAGAAAUCCCAGCCAGCCUUCUGAAACAGAGGCCAUGGGCAGCAGCCCCAGCCCUUGCCUGCCCGAGGAGGGGUCACCCACAGAUCAUGCCUGCUUAGCUGUUAGAAAAGGGUGAAGCUUCAGGCCUCUGUCCCACUCCUCCCCCAGCUGUUGUGUGCCUGCCCGCCUGCCCCUGAGACUUUGCUUCAGCGGGGCUGCCCAGGCCCCUCGCUUGCUCACCUUUUCACCUCCAGGCCUUUGGGAAAGGAUGGGGUCCUGGGGUGGAAGGCUCAGCCUGGGACUGCUCUGCACCUUGCUUGCCUGGGCCAGCUUCAACUCCCCAGUUCUCAAGGGCCUGGUACACCCUGGACCCCCAAGUUGCUUAUUGAUAGAGCAGUUGUGCAGAUUUUUUAUUCCCUUACUGUGGCAUUCUAAACACUGGCUGCAUCUUAGAUCGAAAAAGCUUACUUUAGUACACCUUGGCAAAGGCACUUUUGGUGUAGAAACCCCCUGCCAGUCACUGUCCUCCUGCCCUGUAGAAUGUGAUCGUCACGGCACCUGCCUUAAUAGGGUGGUUGUGACGAUCCAAUGAAUUCAUCUCUGUAAAGCGCAUUGCAAAUGCCAGCUCUUCUCUGCUCCUAAUAAACGCUGGAAAGGUUCUACUUGCA